AUGGCGGACCUCGAAGCACCGUCCAGCGCGCCCGCUCGGCCGCUCCCGACCUACGGCGAGGCCGUCGGCAUUGCGCCGGAGGCGACAGCCACGGCCACUGGUGAGAGCAACAAUGGCAAGAUUCAGUCCGAAGAAGAGCGCAAGAAGGAGGAGCAGCUCAUGCGCUCGUCCGAGGGUUCGUCGCUGCGCGAGGGCAUCGACAUUCUUGGCCAGCAGGACGUCGACCCGGCGCUGAACCAGAAGAUGCACCUGGUGAACAAUGCCAUUGACGACAUUGGCUGGACGCCGUACCACUGGAAGCUUUUUGUCCUCAACGGCUUUGGAUAUGCCGUCGACUCGCUGAUUCUCCUGCUGCAGUCCAUCAUUGCGACCUCUGCCUACACCGAGUUUGGCGGCACCGGCUACGACAAGGGCCUGACCAUUGCCGUCUACUCGGGCAUGCUGACGGGCGCCUUGUUCUGGGGCCUGAGCGCCGACAUCAUCGGUCGUCGCUUUGCCUUCAAUGUGUCGCUCAUAAUCUGCUCGAUUGCGUGCAUUUUGGCCGGCGCCAUGCCCACGUGGGCGUCCCUCGGCGUGUUCGUUGCCUUUAUCGGCUUCGGCGGCGGCGGCAACCUCGUGCUCGACACCACCGUCUUCCUCGAGUACCUGCCCGGCAACAAGCAGUGGGCACUGACUCUGCUCGCCGCCUGGUGGGGUCUGGGCCAGGCCGUGGCGGGCUUCAUCGCCUGGGGCUUCAUGUCGCCGGGCUACCUCAACUGCAGCUCCGUCGCGACCUGCACGCGCCAGAACAACAUGGGCUGGCGCUACGUCAUGUUCACCAGCGGCGCCCUCGUGUUUGUCAUGUCCAUCCUGCGCCUCACCGUCAUCCGCCUCAAGGAGACGCCCAAGUACCUGCUGGGCCAGGGCGAGGACGCCGCCCUCGUCAACACCCUGCAGAACCUGGCCGUCAAGUACAACCGGCCCUGCUCGCUGACCCUCGAGCAGCUCGAGGCCUGCGGCGUCGUCCUGACCGCGCAGCGCCGCGCGAGCCAGAGCAGCUUCUCGUCGUCCGUCCACCAGACCGCGCAGCACUUCCGCGGCCUGUUUUCCACGCGCAAAAUGGGCUUGUCCACCCUGCUCGUCUGGCUGUCCUGGACGUGCAUUGGCCUCGUGUACCCGCUCUUCUACGUCUUCUUGCCCACCUACCUCGCGACCCGCGGCGCCAACUUCAACGUCUCGACCUUUGACACCUGGCGCAACUACGCGCUCGUCAACGUCUCCGGCAUCUUCGGCCCCGUCCUCGCCGCCUGGCUCUGCGAGAUCAAGUUCCUGGGCCGCCGCUACACCAUGUCCAUUGGCGCGGUCCUGACCAGCGUCUUCUUCUUUGCGUACACGGCCGUGCGCACCGAGGACCAGAACAUUGCCUUCAGCUGCAUUAUUGGCUUCUGCCUCAACAUCUACUACGGCACGCUCUAUGCCUACACGCCCGAGGUGCUGCCGAGCGCGCACCGCGCCACCGGCAACGGCGUGGCGGUGGCGUGCAACCGCGUCAUGGGUAUCCUGAGCGCCGUCAUUGCGACGGUGGCCAACACCAGCACGUCGGCGCCCAUUUAUGUGUGUGCGGCGCUGUUCAUCGGCAUGGCGUUGCUCAGUGCGCUGUUCCCCUUUGAGCCCCUGGGUCGUCGCAGUUCGUAG